AUGGAAGAUAAGAACGACGGCACCAACAACCGACUGUCGGGCGGAACUCCCUCCUCUCGAUCAUCAAAGGGCACUCGGUCAUCGCCUCAUCGAGCCCCCGCAGAAGAAGAAGUACCCAUCACAGAGGCAGAAGCAGCACAGCCGGAUCUAGCCAUCUUUGUACAUGACUUGCUCCAGGAGAUGGAAGGCAGGUUCUCCGAAAUGGGGGACUCCAUUUCGGGGCGAAUGGAGUCUAUGGGAAAGAAAAUGGAAGAAUUGGAAACCAGUGUCAACGAACUCAUGGAACAAGCUGGAUUACCACCACCAGCCACUCAGCCUCCUCCUGGGACACCGCCCUUGCCACCACCACCACAAGACAAGGCAACCCCAUCACCAACCGCUGCAGCAGUGCCACGUAUGGUGCUUUAA